AUGGACGCUGCCAUCGGAGCUGCUGAAGGAGAGAUUAGGGUUUAUUAUUUCAUUCCCAGAUUGAUCUCCGGCGCUAUCUCCGGCGCCCUUACUGGUCUCUUCGCAUUCGGUGGGGCCUUCACGGGUGCCAUCACGGGUGCUGUGGCGGGUAGAGCUUCUGAUUGUGGGGCCCUCCGUGGAGCUGGACUCGGUGCUCUUGCUGGAGCUGUUCUUUCUGUUGAGGUUCUAGAAGCUUCACGUGCUUAUUGGUCUCAAGAACUCUCCUCCAAUAGAAACUCAUCAAUGGCAGAUUUUAUGGAGGAGCUUCUUCGUGGAAGGUUUUCAGAGGAACGUUUUCCACCUGAACUUUUAACAGCGUAUCAUUUUCAGCAGGUGAGCAUGAGUCCUGUUGAUGUACUUGAUUUUAAUGAUGACGUGGCACACAAAGGGUUGUCAGAUGAUUCAUUGAGACGCUUACCAUGGCACAAGAUUUCAGAUGAAAGUAAACUGAAUCAAACCAUUUGUUGCACAAUAUGUUUACAGGAUGUUAAGGUAGGUGAAAUUGCUCGAAGUUUGCCUCAUUGUCAACACAUGUUUCACCAGAUUUGUGUGGAUAAGUGGUUAUCUAGACAUGGAUCAUGCCCUAUAUGUCGACAACAUGUCUGCAAAGGGAAAUGGACAACAGGAAUAUGA